AUGGAACAAGCAGGGAGGGGACCCCUGGCCCCUGGACUGCCCCUGCCUGAGCUCGCCCGCCUGCUGGCCCGGGUGCCCUGCCCCGAGGUCUGUGAUGGCGACUGGCUGCUGGCCCGUGAGGUGGCCGUGCGCUACCUGCGCUGCAUCUCGCAGGCACUGGGCUGGUCCUUCGUGCUGCUGACCACACUGUUGGCAUUCGUCGUGCGCUCUGUGCGGCCCUGCUUCACUCAGGCCGCCUUCCUCAAAAGCAAGCACUGGUCCCACUACAUCGACACUGAGCACAAGCUCUUCGAUGAGACAUGCACGGAGCACGCCAAGGCCUUUGCCGAGGUCUGUAUCCAGCAGUUCUUCGAGGCCAUGAUCCAUGACCUGGAGCUGGGUCACGGCCAUGGGGUGCUGGCUGCAGUCCCUGCUGGCUCAGCUGCCCCCACUGCCACAGACGGUGCCAACGAGGAGAGGGAGAAGCUGCACGGCAUCACCGAUCAAGGCACCAUGAACAGGCUGCUCACGCGCUGGCACGAGUGCAAGCCACCCCUGCGGCUGAGCCAGGAGGAGCCACUGGUGGGCAAUGGCUGGGCUGGGGGCGGGUCCCGGCCUUCAUGCAACGAGGUGGCCACCUACUUCAGCAAAGUGUGAGCCGCAGCCAGGUGAAGAGGCAGGAAUGGGGGUCUGAGGC